AUGACAACGCCAUCACCAGUGCCAACACCUUCGCAACUAGAUGUGGCUCGACCUAUUGUCCACAGGCGUGGGCAAAGUACACGCAGUGACGAUGACGAGGACGCUCGCUUCAUGGCGAUGGUGCGACUUUCACUUGAACAAGAGUGGCAGCGCGCAGACGAACAGCGCAUACGUUGGGAGCAGGAACGCCACGAAGAACGCGCUCGCCGAGAAGAAGAACGAGCGCGACGUGAGGAAGACCGAGAAGCAGAGCGUCGUCAGCGUCAAGAAGAUCGAGAAGAGGACCGCCGACGCCACCAAGAACUACUGAGUCUGCUGCUCAUCGGAAGCAACUGA